UUCCGGAGCUCCAGAAGCCUUGUGGCUCGGCGCUUCUGAUUGGCCGUUGCUAGGUGACGUCGCCUGAGCUCACGUGACGAGUGUUAAAUGCCCACCCUGCGGGAGCCCGGCCCACAGACAAUCGUAAAGCCGCUCGGGGCUGCUCACCUGCUCCCACCUCCUCCCGGAGCCCUGGCCAGGCCCCGCCACCCCUGCCCCCUCCACUGCCCGCCCCGAGCCCGAGCCCGCGCUGGGCAAGGCGCCGAGCGGCCCGAGAGGCGGAGAGAGGAUGAGGCCGGAGGCAGCUGUCCCGAGCAGUGCACGGUGAUCGCCUCCCCCGGAGGAGGAGUUGCCUAGACCAUUGCCGCAUUUCUUGUUUUCCUCUCCCCUCCCCCACUGUAAUUACAUUGGCUGCUGGAGGGGACAGGGAGAGACGGAGGAGGCGCCUCGCAACCCCCCUCGCGCCCGCCACCCCUGCUCUUUCCCGUCCCGGGCCAGGAUGACUGGAGUCUUUGACAGUCUGGUGGCUGAUAUGCACUCGACCCAGAUCACGGCCUCUAGCACGUACCACCAGCAACAGCAGCCCCCGAGCGGCGGCGGCGCUGGCCCCGGCGGCAGCAACGGCAGCAGCCUCCACAAGCCUCAGGAGUCGCCCACACUCCCGGUGUCCACAGCUACCGACAGCAGCUACUACACCAACCAGCAACACCCGGCUGGCGGCGGCGGCGGCGGCGGCGGCGGCGCUGGGGGCUCGCCCUACGCGCACAUGGGUUCCUACCAGUACCACGCCAGCGGCCUCAACAACGUCCCUUAUUCAGCCAAGAGCGGCUACGACCUGGGCUACACCGCCGCCUACACCUCCUACGCGCCCUACGGGACCAGUUCGUCUCCGGCCAACAACGAACCUGAGAAAGAGGACCUCGAGCCUGAAAUCCGGAUAGUAAACGGGAAGCCAAAGAAAGUCCGGAAACCCCGAACCAUCUACUCUAGUUUCCAGCUGGCGGCUCUUCAGCGCCGUUUCCAAAAGACUCAGUACCUGGCACUGCCCGAGCGAGCUGAGCUGGCGGCGUCUCUGGGCCUCACCCAGACUCAGGUCAAAAUCUGGUUCCAGAACCGCCGAUCCAAGUUCAAGAAAAUGUGGAAGAGCGGUGAGAUCCCUUCGGAGCAGCACCCGGGGACCAGCGCCUCGCCACCUUGUGCUUCGCCGCCGGCCUCGGCGCCGACCUCCUGGGACUUCGGCGCGCCGCAGCGGAUGGGGGGCGGCGGCGGCCCGGGCAGCGGCGGCAGCGGCGCGGGCAGCUCCGGCUCCAGCCCGAGCAGCGCCGCCUCGGCUUUCCUGGGCAACUACCCGUGGUACCACCAGGCCUCGGGCUCCGCUUCGCACCUGCAGGCCGCUGCGCCGCUGCUGCACCCGGCGCAGACCCCGCAGCCGCACCACCACCACCACCAGCACCACCACGGCGGCGGGGGCGCCCCGGUGAGCGCCGGGACGAUUUUCUAACUCCCGGAGACUGCGCCAGAGACUGAGAGAGCAGGGACCAGUUAUCCUUACUGCUCAUCCCCAGAGCCAUAGGGUCCCUCCGGCUGGCCCGAUGAUGCCACCCGCCGCUCCCGGAGGUGGCGGCCCAGGAUGGCCUACCCCAGGGCCGGGGCCACCGCGCGGCCAGGGACUGGAAGGCGUCUUCUCGCGCCACGGGCUCCUCUCGGAGCAACCCGGCAUCCGCGGGAGAAACCCUGCCAAGGCCGCCUUUCCGACCUGAGCCCCGCCUCAGACUUGCCUCCCCUCCCCUCCCCUCCCCGCCCCGCCCGGCGAGGCAGUCCGGCGCCUUUUUCGCCCCGGGCCGCGAGCUGAGUCCCGAAGAGGGACGCCUGCCCCGCCCGCGAGGCUGCCUGGGCCCUCUGAGACUCCUUUCUCCUUGCCCGCCCCCAGGCUCAGCUCCUGUCCUCUGGGGUUAUUGACCUCCCGGUCCUGCCGGCCUGCCCUCCCCCCGCCCCGACCCCUUGAC